AUGGGAAUCACUCUAUCCACACAUUCAACUCUUGCUCCACUAUCAUUAGCAAGCACCAUCAUCGGUUUCGUUUCAUUCUCCUUCACCAUCGCUACCUUAUUACGCGUCUUUUGGGGCAACAUCACAACUGUCACCAACGCCCAUGAUGAGAUACACGACUACCUGAGCAAUCUCCGGGUCCAGCUGUAUGAGGAACGGGAAUCUCUACGGAAUCUACGACGACACAAUAAAGACUGGGGCAAGCGACGACGCUCAGAAGGCCUUCCCCUGCCCCGCCUUGACGAUUUGACCAUCAGAUCUAUGCAAGACACUCUUCGCCAUCUCACAAGGAGAUUCAAGACACUCGAACGUGCUUUUCUCGAUCAAGAAUCCGCCUAUGGCCGUCGUAGAUAUCGCAAAAGCCUUUCGCCCAAUCCGAGGGACACGUUAGAUAGCGAAAAGGGUCUUUGCAGCAAGGAAACGGAGUUGGACAAAGAAAACGACGAUGAUGAAGAAGAUCCAAGAACUCAGGGAGACGCAUUUUGUAACAUCACUCUCGGCAAACGCAUUCUUUGGCUUCGUCGAAGGUCUGACGCCCUUGCCAUUAUGGAGGCUGUCAGCCGUCUGCAGACCAGAAGAACAGCAAGACAGGUCGGCGAGAUUGCUGUUGCGUUAUACGAGUAUGGGGAUACCGUGAAGGACUUGCACGAUGGUUUACAUGAGGUUGAAGCUCGGUUCUGCAAGAUCGCUGGCAUUAGGACAGUGACUUGA